AGGCACAGAUAGCGGAGGUGGAAUGGAAAGGUGGGAUGGGCGGAGCGGGCGGAGGAGGUCGGAGGACACACUCCUCUCCGGCUCUAGAGGGAGCCCCGCCUGAGCGGCCUCCCUCCGCCCCACCUCCCCUCUCCUCUCCCUGGACUGUCCCCGCCUCCCCCAUUGCCUCCACUCCCCUCUACCCAGGAAGGCCGUGCGGGUUACGCGCGCUGCUUUCGCUUUCUCUUCCCGGUGCCCACUCCUCGCUCGACGUGCGGCGCUAGGCUCCCCGCCCCAGCCAUGGCCAUGCUCAGGGUCCAGCCUGAAGCCCAAGCCAAGGUGGAUGUGUUCCGUGAAGACCUGUGUACAAAGACAGAGAGCCUGCUCGGGAGCUAUUUCCCCAAGAAGAUUUCUGAGUUGGAUGCAUUUUUAAAGGAGCCAGCUCUCAAUGAAGCCAGUCUGAGCAAUCUGAAGGCCCCUUUGGACAUCCCAGUGCCUGAUCCAGCCAAGGAGAAAGAGAAGGAGGAGCGGAAGAAACAGCAGGAGAAGGAAGACAAGGAUGAAAAGAAAAAAGGGGACGAUGAAGACAAAGGUCCUCCCUGUGGCCCAGUGAACUGCAAUGAGAAGAUUGUGAUCCUCCUGCAGCGCCUAAAGCCUGAGAUCAAGGAUGUCAUUGAGCAGCUUAACCUGGUCACCACCUGGUUACAGCUGCAGAUACCUCGAAUUGAGGAUGGAAACAAUUUUGGAGUGGCUGUCCAGGAGAAAGUGUUUGAGCUGAUGACCGCCCUUCACACCAAGCUAGAAGGUUUCCACACUCAAAUCUCCAAGUAUUUCUCUGAGCGGGGUGAUGCCGUGGCCAAAGCAGCCAAGCAGCCCCAUGUGGGUGAUUAUCGGCAGCUGGUGCACGAGCUAGAUGAGGCAGAGUACCGGGACAUCCGGCUGAUGGUCAUGGAGAUCCGCAAUGCUUAUGCUGUGUUAUACGACAUCAUCCUGAAGAACUUUGAGAAGCUCAAGAAGCCCAGGGGAGAAACAAAGGGAAUGAUCUAUUGAGAGCCUCCUCACAUACUGUGGUGGGUCCAGCAGAGACCAUCCUGUCUUUGACAGGGGACUUCAGACUUUGCCCCACCUUCCGCCUGUUGAGGUUUCUCCCUCCCCUUGCCUCCCAGGCACAAUAAAUAUAGUCA